AUGAGUGAGAACAGGCUUUUCAGAUUCUCGAAGCCAGAAUGGUUGAAUAACCCCAACCUGAGGACUGCAGGCGUCUAUCUUGCUGGCGCAUUAUUCUCGUUGGGAUUCUUCUUCUUCAUUGAUGCCUCCGCUUUCUCUCACUCCUCUAAGAAUGGAUCUGCUGUGCACAUUCGGUUUGUGGAUUGGAUCCCGGGGAUAUGCUCAGCCCUCGGCAUGCUGGUCAUAAAUUCAAUAGAGAAGACAAGGUUGAGUGCAGACAGCUACAGUUAUUCAGGAACAGGAGUCGCUUGGAAGGCUAGACUGGUGCUCUUCUUGGGCUUUGCUUUGAUGGCAGGUGGUCUAGCAGGGUCGGUCGCGGUCAUGGUACUUAAAUAUGUGGUUCCUCAGUAUCCAUGGCCAACUUUAUACUUCGGAGUUGCAAACGUCAUUGCAAACGGGUUGAUAAUGCUAAGUUCUGUCAUUCUGUGGGUGUCACAAAACAUGGAGGAUGAUUAUACGUAUAGUCUCGCCUUGUAG